AUGAGGUGCACGAAUCUACAUCGAAAGUACAGCCCAGCCUCUCUACCCCUAGAUUUCAGAAGGUCGUCAUGCACUAAAAGCAAUUUUUCAAUGAAAGAGAGAUUUUGUGUUAAUAGUCCGCUUUGUAUUCACGAAACUCCGAGAUCUAUGAUCUCGAGUCCCGUUUUGAAAUGGGGGGUUGCUGAGACUAUGGGCCCUCGUGAGACUAUGGAAGAUGCAUGGUUUGUUAAGGAAAAUUUGAAAGCCGGAAUCAUGUACGCUAGUAUUUUCGAUGGACAUGGUGGUUCAUCUAGUGCUCUGUUUCUCAAGCGAAAGCUAUUUGAUAUGCUGAAAAUAAAAAUGAAAAGACAAAGUAACAAUAUUCCGUUCAUGAAAAGUGAAAUAACGAUCAGUGAAAUAGCUCAGGUUUUAAGCCCACAAAGCCUUCAAGAUAUAUUUAGAUUGACAGAUAGUGCAUUAAUUGAUCAUAUCGCGACCUUAGGUGAUCCUGAAUGUUGGAGUGGAAGCACAGCAACAAUAUGUUUCAUAGAUGAACACAAAAUCGUUUGUGCAAAUGUGGGUGAUAGUAGUGCUGUCAUUGGCAGAAAGGGUAAACCGAUUUCAUUGACAGAGGAACACCGUCCAACACCAAGAACGAAAAGUGGAAGAAAUGAAAUUGAGCGUAUUGCAAUGGCGGGCGGUUGGGUCACUCAGGAGCGAGUCUGUGGAAUAUUGGCAGUCAGUCGUGCUUUUGGAGACUACGAAUUUAAAGGUGGACGUUCCGAGCUUUUAGAGGAAUUUCGAUAUGAUGGAAAUGUACAGGCGACAACUUCAACUCUUCAUGCACCUCCAGUCGUUGCUUUGCCGCAUGUUCAUGAACUUAAUAGAUCCACCGAUGAUGAAUUCAUUAUCAUUGCAACGGAUGGAAUUUGGGACGUUAUGAAUGGAUCCCAAGCAGUUACUUUUGUGUGUUCAAAACUAAAAAGCAAUCCAAUGCUCUCUAUGACAGAGGUAGCGGAUGCGCUUGUCCAACGUGCCUUGAGAAAUCGUAGUCAAGAUAAUAUUGCGUGCAUAGUUAUUGACCUUAGAGUAAUUUAA